GAGCGUCUCCACAGGCGGACAGUUAUGGCGGAGCCUUCAUCGCGGAGAGAGGAUGAAGAAUGGCAGGAUUUCAACGAGUUUAAGGGCGGAACGGGACGGAAUAUGGAUGUUAGCGCGGAGGAGACGCCGCUGCCGCUGCCGCUGCUGCUGCUGCUGGACGAGCUUUCAGACGCCGAGAGCGCGCUUCAAACGGGCGCGUUCACGUCCACACACUUCGACGAGAACCUACAGCUGUGCUUUCAAGAUGUGCACUCGACAACGGACGCAGGAAAUAAACUGACGUCUUUAAACGAGGAGACGACGCUAAAAUGCGACGAGAUCUGGAGCGCUCUGACUGAUAAUUAUGGCCAUGUCAUGCCGGUGGACUGGAGUCAGUCUCGAGUGCGAUCUCUUCACCUGUCAACACUGAGUCUGGACGAACGAGCGCGGCUGGAAAGUGUGAACCUGGACGUGUCUGAUGAUGAGGAGCUGCGGGAUCAGAUGGACAUGCACUCUAUCAUUGUGUCCUGCAUCAACGAGGAGCCGCUGCUCACUGCUGAACAGGUUAUUGAGGAGAUCGAGGAGCUCAUGCAGGAGUCACCAGAGGUGGAAUCAGAGCAAAACGAUUCACACUCCCUCAUCUCUCAAAAAAGAUCUCACAGCAGCCAGAUCUACGAGGACAGAGUGAGGCUGAUGUCUGUGCUGGAGCUCAACGAUGAGCUGGAGGACGUGGAGACGGCCAUUCGAGGAUAUUCAGAGGAGCUCAUCCACCAUCUGGCCAGCAGGGACGAGCUGGAGUUCGAGAAGGAGGUGAAAAACAGCUUCAUCUCGGUGCUCAUCGACGUGCAGAACCGGCAGAAGCUGCAGCGAGAGAUGCUGAAGAAGAAGAGGAAAGUGAGGAGCACAUCAGGAUCAGAGAGACUGCCGUCUUCUCGCUUCAGCAUGGAAGGAAUCUCGACUGCCAUUCAGAAUGGUUUUCGGCACACUUUUGGGAAUGGCGGCGGUGAGAAACAGUAUGUACCAACAGUCAUUCCUUACGAGAGGAGAGACGGUCCACCGUCAGUCCAAGACCUUCAGAUCUUUACCAAAAUUUUAGAAGCCAUGAGAGACGACAGCGAUAAAGUCCCAAGUCUCCUCACAGAUUACAUCCUCAAAGUUCUCUGUCCCACCUAGAGAGAGGAGGGUCUCCUGUGGUCUGCGGUUUCGCAAUCGUCCCAGCAGGAGUUUGGUUCACUGUGUUCCUCAGAUUGCAUGACGUGUUUGGCCUGAUCUGCAGCUCUUCUGUUCUUCUCUGCAUGUUUUUCAGCACAGGUUUGCAGUAUUCAGUGUUUGUGUGUUUCCAGAUCUGUAUUUUAGGACUUGUGUCAGCAGAAGUAGGUGAUUUUGUCUGUAUGUGCAAGACUUCUGAAUCACCUCGGCCUAUAUAUAAAUAAGUCAAAACUUUUUAAAAGUACAGCAGAUGAUGAAGCAGUUUGAUUAUUCUGAUUGGAGCUGGGGCCAAAAAUCAUUUGAGAAAUUGAUUUUAACAAUGCAUCGCUAUUCUGUCUUAUAUCUAUUCUGAGCUUAGUUUUUAAAGUCGGUGUGAAAUCAAAACCUUCCUUUAUUUUGUUAACAACGCCCAUCUUCCAAUAUGAUCCAAUCGUUUUCCAAUGGACAAGAUAGGCUAGUUUAACAGCAGAUGCGUUCUAGGCUAGUUUUAACAGCAGAUGCGUUCUAGGCUAGUUUAACAGCAGAUGCGUUCUAGGCUAGUUUUAACAGCAGAUGCGUUCUAGGCUAGUUUAACAGCAGAUGGCAUUCUAGGCUAGUUUUAGCAGCAGACACCGUUCUAUGCUAGUUUAACAGCAGAUGGCGCUCUAGGCUAGUUUUAACAACAGACGGCGUUCUAGGCUAGUUUUAACAGCAGACGGCGUUCUACGCUAGUAUAACAGCAGACUGCGUUCUACGCUAGUUUAACAGCAGAUGACGCUCUAGGCUAGUUUUUAAAGCAAACGGCGUUCUAGGCUAGUUUAACAGCAAAUGGCGUUCUACGCUAGUUUUAACAGCAGACUGCGUUCUACGUUAGUUUAACAGCAGAUGACGCUCUAGGCUAGUUUUUAAAGCAAACGGCGUUCUAGGCUAGUUUUAACAGCAGAUGGCGCUCUAGGCUAUUUUAACAGCAGAUGGCGCUCUAGGCUAGUUUUAACAGCAAACGGCGUUCUACGCUAGUUUAACAGCAGACGGCGUUCUAGGCUAGUUUUAACAGCAGACGGCGUUCUUCGCUAGUUUAACAGCAGAUGGCGUUCUAGGCUAGUUUUAACAGCAGACGGCGUUCUUCGCUAGUUUAACAGCAGAUGGCGUUCUAGGCUAGUUUAACAGCAGAUGGCGCUCUAGGCUAGUUUUAACAGCAGACGGCGUUCUACGCUAGUUUUAACAGCAAACAUCGUUCUAUGCUAGUUUAUCAGCAGACAGCACUCUAGGCUAGUUUUAACAGCAGAUAGCGUCCUAGGCUAGUUUUAACAGCAGGUGGCGUUCUAGGCUAGUUUUAACAGCAGACUGCGUUCUAGGCUAGUUUUAACAGCAAACGGCGUUCUACGCUAAUUUAACAGCAGAUGGCGCUCUAGGCUAGCUUUAACAGCAGACGGCAUUCUAGGCUAGUUUUAACAGCAGAUGGCGUUCUAGGCUAGUUUAUCAGCAGACAGCACUCUAGGCUAGUUUUAACAGCAGACGGCAUUCUAGGCUAGUUUUAACAGCAGAUGGCUUUCUAGGCUAGUUUAGCAACAAAUAGCGCUCUAGGCUAGUGUUUAACAGCGCUGUAGGCUAAUCACACCAUAACUGAAACGCUUGCAAGAAAGUCAGGUUUUAUGUUAGAAGAUUAAUGUAAACGUUGCUACAAACACUCUUGUAAGUAACUUACAGUUUUUCUGACUUCAUUUGUAAUACUCUUAGGUUCAGUUGGUGUUCGUAAGGAAUUGUGCGCAAGCAAAACACUGAACCCUAGAGCGCUGUCUGCUGCUCAAAACUAAGCUUCAAGAGAGAAUAGCGAUGCAUUUUGAAAAUCUCGAUCAAUUUAAUAAAUUGAAGUAGCAGUUUAGCAAUUGUGAGUAACAUAAUAGAUUGUUUUCACACUGAUAAAGUAAGUAGAAGUGAAUGACCCCAGAAGGCUUCGUGUUAUGGUAUUCAUGUUAUGAAAGGCCUGCUCCAUUAGGGCUGACAGUACAAAUGAAGACCGAGAGAGAGACAAGAGAUGUGGGUUUAUGAAGUUAUUAACAUCCCAUGGUAAGUAUGAUUGAGUACUGUAUGAUUGAAAUCAGUGGUUCUCAACCGAUUGUGCUAAUAUUAUACGAUAUUAACGACUUUCAUUAAAAUAAUUAUGUUAAUAUGGCGACUUAUGGAUGCUAAAAAUUGUCUUCAUUGAAUUGAAAAAAAGGUGAAAAUAUAAACUAAACUAUACCUAAAUAUCUUGAAUAGAUGAAGUUGAGCUUAAUCUAUUUUGCAUCUGUAAUUUGAAGGAUUUGACCAGUUGUUUGGACUGAACAUUUCUCUUUAACAGUAAUGAAACAAUGUGAUGUGUUUUAGUCAUUUUGUUGGCUUGUGCAUGAUAAUUCCUGCUCUGUGUUAUGCACCAUCUAAUGUACAGUCCAUCUGAGAGCCACUGAUCUUCAACAAGUAUCACUGUUGAGUCACCAUGGGAUAUUGUAGUUCCAAUCCUAAGGGUUGAUUAGUUCUGUGUUGUGUGCUCUUCUCUUUUACAUGCUGUUUUGCUCAGAUCAACUGAACUCUUAACUAAGUGAAUCUACUUUCAAUGCCUUAUUUCACCAAGCAUCAGUUCAACUCAUAAGAAGGGCUUUACUACAGUGAGUUUGCUGUUAAAAGUGCCCCUGUUAUGCUAGUUUAAAUGUUUCCUACAACAGCUUUACAUCCAUCAAAGAUCUGUUAACCCCUUAAUUUUCUCAUAAACCCCACUGCAGCAUCAGCGGUUUUUGGGUAGUCUUUUAGCAGAAAUAGCUCUACUUGUCAUCACUUUAAAAUUGACAGACCUUUUACUUUUAGAUUACAUGAAAGCUAAUAUCUGCAUAAUGGGGCACUUUAGCACUGGUUUUGCUGAUCUGAUGAGGAAUCUGUGUGUUUGAGUCUAUGCACUGAGCAGCCAUUCAGUCUGAUGGAAAAAACCGACCUGUUACUGUAUUUUCAUGACUUGAGACUCGUUGCGCCUUAUACAAAUCUACAUGCUGGUGAGAUUGUAUUACGGUUUGAAUGUAAGAUCUGCUUGUGUGCCUAUUCAGUUGAAUGCGAAAUGAGAUAGCGUGCUAAUUAAUGACCAGUCAGUUAUUUCAGAGGUUUAGUUUGUCCUUUAUGUUACACUAAUAAUGACUGGACAUUAAUGUUGUGUCUUACAGUUUUGUAUACGAUGUAUAAACUAUU